CUGAGCUGGAAAAGCUGCGCAGAGCUAGCUUCUCCAGCGGUGCUCUCCGGGCGCUAGGCAGGCAGCGAUUGCUGCUACCUCUUCCCGAGUAGGGUCGGCCUUCCGCGGCCAUCGGUCUGGCAAUGUAAGCCGGGGCACACGGCGCGGCCAGACCGCUGCCAUGUGGCUCAAGCCCGAGGAGGUGCUGCUGAAAAACGCUCUGAAGCUGUGGGUGACUCAGAAGAGCAGCUGCUACUUUAUCCUGCAGCGGCGCCGGGGGCACGGUGGGGGUGGCGGCCGCCUCACCGGUCGCCUGGUAGGUGCUCUAGACGCAGUGCUGGAUUCCAGUGCACGGGUGGCUCCAUUUCGAAUUCUGCUUCAAGUUCCUGGGUCCCAGGUUUAUUUUCCUAUAGCAUGUGGUGCAACAUUAGAGGAGAUAACCCAGCACUGGGACUGGCUGGAACAGAACCUCCUCCAUACCUUGUCUGUCUUUGAUAAUAAAGAGGAUGUUGCUAGUUUUGUCAAAGGGAAGGUAAAGGCUCUGAUUGCAGAAGAGACAAGUAGUCGGCUGGCCGAGCAGGAAGAAGAGCCUGAGAAGUUCCGUGAGGCCUUGGUCAAGUUCGGGGCCAGGUUCAACUUCCCUGAGGCAGAGAAGCUGAUUACCUAUUACUCGUGCUGCUGCUGGAAGGGCAGGGUUCCCCGCCAGGGCUGGCUGUACCUCAGCAUCAACCACCUCUGCUUCUACUCCUUCUUCCUGGGCAAGGAAUUUAAACUUGUAGUCCCUUGGGUUGAUAUCCAGAAAUUAGAAAAAACAUCCAGCAUCUUUCUGACGGCUACUAUUCGAAUUACCACGCAUAAUAAGGAGAGGGACUUCUCCAUGUUCCUGAACCUUGAAGAGGUGUUUAAGAUCAUGGAGCAACUGGCAGACGUGGCUCUGCGAAGGCUACUGGAUAAUGAGGGCUUUGACCUGGACCCAGAUCUGCAGGAGCCAAGUCAGAUUACCAAGAGGCAUUUGGAAGCUAGAGCACAGAAUGAAUUCUUCCGGGCAUUCUUCAGGUUGCCAAGGCCAGAGAAGCUACACACGGUUAUGGACUGUGCUCUGUGGACACCCUUCAGUCGCUGCCACACUGUUGGGCGGAUGUUCACUUCAGACAGUUACAUCUGCUUUGCCAGCAAAGAAGAUGGCUGCUGCAAUGUCAUCCUUCCGCUCAGAGAGGUUGUGAGCAUUGAGAAGAUGGAGGACACAAGUCUGCUGCCCAACCCCAUCAUCAUUAGCAUCCGCAGCAAGAUGGCCUUCCAGUUCAUUGAACUCAAGGACAGAGAUGACCUAGUGGAGAGUCUGCUCAUCCGGCUGAAGCAGGUGCAUGCCAACCACCCUGUGCAUUACAGCACCUUACAGGAUGAUGACAUGAUGUCACAUGUGUUUCAUUCAACAAGCAUGUGCAGUGGCCACAAGUUUAGGGAUCUUGAAAUGAUGUCUUCUCAAAAUAGUGAGGAAGGUGAAGAACAGCAAAGCCUGCAGCAGCACCCCCUGGCCCCAAAAGCUGUUUUGGAGCAGUUGGGCAGCCAGAGCCCUGACGUGCAAAUGUCCAGAGAACAGAUCAAAUUAAGCCUGUGGAAUGAGCACUUUAUGGAAUAUGGCAGAACUGUAUGUAUGUUUCGCACAGAGAAGAUCCGGAAGCUUGUGGCCAUGGGGAUCCCUGAGUCUUUACGUGGUAGACUCUGGCUGCUUUUCUCAGAUGCUGUAACCGAUCUCACUUCACAUCCUGGUUACUAUGGUAAUCUGGUAGAGGAGUCCAUGGGAAAAUGUUGCUUGGUGACAGAGGAGAUAGAACGGGACUUGCAUCGUUCCUUACCAGAGCACCCUGCCUUCCAAAAUGAAACUGGAAUCGCUGCUUUGAGGAGAGUUCUGACGGCCUAUGCCCACCGGAACCCCAAAAUUGGGUACUGCCAGUCCAUGAACAUCCUGACUUCUGUCUUGCUGCUGUACGCCAAGGAGGAGGAAGCCUUCUGGUUGCUAGUUGCUGUGUGUGAGCGGAUGCUUCCUGACUACUUCAAUCACCGAGUCAUUGGGGCGCAAGUGGACCAGUCUGUGUUUGAGGAGCUUGUUAAAGAGCACCUGCCUGAGCUGGCAGAGCACCUGAACGACCCCUCAGCCCUGGCGUCCAUCUCACUCUCAUGGUUCUUGACUCUGUUCCUCAGCAUUAUGCCCCUGGAGAGUGCAGUGAACAUUGUAGAUUGUUUCUUCUAUGAUGGGAUCAAAGCCAUCUUCCAGCUGGGGCUAGCUGUGUUGGAUGCCUGUGCCAAAGACCUCUGCAGCAGCAGGGAUGAUGGUCAAGCCUUGAUGGUCCUCAGCAGGUUUUUGGAUCACAUUAAGAAUGAGGACAGCCCUGGAUUCCCAGUUGGCAGCCACCACACGUUUUUCUCUGACGACCAGGAACCCUAUCUCGUGACUAACAUUGCUGACCUGAUCCGGGACUCCUAUGAGAAAUAUGGAGACCAGUCUGUGGAACAGAUUGAGCGCAUGCGCUAUAGGCAUAGGAUCAGGGUUCUCCAAGGCCAUGAAGACACCACAAAGCAGAACGUGCUCCGUGUUGUCUACCCAGAAGUCUCAUUUCUCCUGGAAGACCUUGAGGAACUCUAUGACUUAUUCAAGAGAGAAUAUAUGAUGAGCUGUUACUGGGAGCAGUCCAGGCCCAUGGCCUCUCGCCACGAUCCCAGCAGGCCCUAUGCAGAGCAGUACCGCAUAGACACCCGGCAGUUUGCCCAACUGUUUCAUCUUGUCUCGCCAUGGACCUGUGGGACCCACACGGAGAUCCUUGCUGAAAGGACUUUUAGGCUUCUGGAUAACAACAUGGACCAUCUUAUUGAAUUCAGAGCAUUUGUGAGCUGUCUUGAUACUAUGUAUAAUGGAGAAAUGAAUGAGAAAAUUAAACUGUUAUAUAGACUUCAUAUUCCUCCAGCACUUACUGAAAAUGAUCGAGACAGCCAGUCACCAUUAAAGAAUCCUCUGUUGUCGACGUCAAGACCCUUGGUUUUGGGGAGAUCAAAUGGUGAUACAACUGAUUAUCAGAAACAGCUAAAGCAGAUGAUUAAGGAUUUAGCCAAAGGAAAAAGUGAAACUGAGACUGAAUUGCCCCAAAUGAGCCAGAGAGAAUUUAUCCAGUUCUGUAAAACUUUGUACAGUAUGUUCCGGGAAGAUCCAGAAGAAAACAAUUUGUAUCAAGCCAUUGCCACAGUAACCACUCUGCUGCUGCAGAUCGGGGAAGUGGGGCACCGAGGUAGCAGCUCUGGAAGCUGCUCUCAGGACAGUGGGGAGGAGCCACAGGCUUCUCCUUCUCUGGAGCAGGACUCUGUAUUCGCAGACACUGAUCCUGGGACAGCUUCCCAGGAUGCCCAGGCAUUUCCUGAAGAGGCAGAAGGGGACUGGACAGUCUCCCUUGAGCAUAUCUUAGCUUCACUUUUGACUGAACAAUCAUUAGUAAACUUUUUUGAAAAGCCAUUGGACAUUAAAUCCAAACUUGGAAAUGCCAAGAUCAAUCAAUACAGUCUCAAAACUUUUGAAAUGAGCAGCCCAUCACAUCCUGAAAUCAAGCAAGACAGCAGUUUGCUGAGACAAGUCUGCCAUAACAAAGCAAGGAUCACAAAGCAAGUUUCAUGGGUUGUCAGCCCGUAAGUCCAGGUUUCAGGCUGAGUAUAUCCCACAAGCUGGGUAUAUACAGGUAAAUCAACCUGACAGCCCCAGCUGUGGCCAGGAUAACUUAUGUAACCCUCAAACAUGUAUUUCUAUUUAUUCUUAAGACAAUUACCAGUUUUGAAAUUUUCUUAAAUGGACAUUUCUGCUAUGCUUUUGUUCUGAGAACAAAAGUCCAGUGUAUCAUAUUAACCCACAAAUGCCCAAGCUUCUGUUUUACUUGGAUAAUGGGAGGUCCAGAAUCAAGUUCACUUCCAAAUCUAAGAGCCACUAUCUGUGCAAUUGCACUUGGCUUUUUUUGCACAAACUGUUUCAAUGCUGGUAAUUGUAACCAUUUCAAUAUAUUUGGUUGUAUUCACCUGUUCUUGCAAAAAAUGUAUAUAUACUUUCAAUGCUGGCCUCCAGAUUUUUAAAUAAAUUUUGUAUUGAUUUUGG